AAAACCGCAUUGGCGGCCCAUUCAAUAGACAAAGGUCAUUCUCCGGAUUUCGAUUGUGUUAAAGUUCUUCAAACGGAAAAACAUACUUCCAAGCGAUAUACACUCGAAACGCUCCAUAUCCUGAACAACAAAAACAAUAUGAAUCGCAAGCAAGACACACAGAGUAUAUCAUCUGUAUAUUGCUCACUUGUUUCCUCAUAAGAGCUUUUUUCUUUGUUUUUUUGUAGUUAUAGACUGAACUUCUUAAUUAGAAGUGUUUUUUUUACAUUGUUUUAAAAUUUAAUUGUUAAAUUUUCCCCUGAGGAAGGCAGCAACCCCUGCCGAAACGUCGGGAAAAGUUAAUGUAACAACCUUGUUUCAUUGCCACGAUCAAAGUGACCAAAAAAGCCGAAGGAAAACCUAAUUUUUCCUAUACACAUAAGUAUAUAUUCAUUGGUCAAUACAUUAUCUUUUAAUUUCAACAUCGGACGGCUUGCCGAGCAGAAGACAACAUCACAAUGAAGAACUUUUAUGAACACAUUAAAUAUAAAUACGACAGACAAGUUUGUGACAACAUGAAACAAUACAGUAACUCACAGAGAAAAUUAGCUUCACACAAACAAUCCCUCAAAUUUCUUCUCAUUUGCCGACAAUCUGGACUAAUCCCAAAUCAUAUAAAUAACUCGUCUAAAAGCACACAACAACUUUUCUCCAGCAAAGAAUCUUACCAUAUCUAUGACAAAAUUCAACUUAAAUUCCACAUGAAAGUGCUUAACCUUGAAAUUUCGGAAAUGCACCACAAGCUUAAACGCAUACAAAAUUCACUCCGCUUCCAUGACCAACGCAUCAAAGAAAAUUUAUCUCCACAUGAAUAUAAACAAUUCACAACGAAACAAAAACAAGUUUUUCAAGACAUAUACAAUAGUAAACAACAAACGAACAUUCAUAAAAUAGACGACUUAAAAUCAGCUCUGUGGAAAAAAUUCAACAUCGUAUUCCACGAAAAAUGGUUUGAUAACAGAACCACCAUAAAAUUUCCUUUAGAAAUUAAAUGGCUUUUGUCAUUGGGAAAAAAAUUUGCGCUACCAAUAGACAAAAAAACAUUCCCUCUGUUUCAGUUAAUAGCUGAUGGAGAAGAAGUAAUACGAGAAGUGAAAGACGAAAAGGAACAAGAACUGAUCAGAGCACAGUAUGGCAAUAUGUUGCACUCGUUUCAACGUAGUCAAAACAGCGACCAGUUUGCCAAAUAUGUGCUUUAUGUCAACAAACAAGCUAUCUCUUUCCUUAAGCGAAACAAAAAUAUUAUUAUUCUCUCAGCGGACAAAGGCAAUGUGACUGUAGCGAUGGAGCGUAAUGAAUACGAUGACAAAAUGAGUGUACUUCUCUCUGACCGAAGUACGUAUUGGCGUGUUAGACAUAACCCAACAACAACACUACAAAACCGAAACAAUGAGUUGGUUAAGUGGCUCAACAACAACAACCACAUAGACGAUAAGGAAAAGAACAAAAUGACAACAUACACCGCGCAGCUUCCCUCUAUCUACGGACUACCAAAAACGCACAAACCAAGCAUGCCCAUGCGUCCAAUUGUAUCAUCUUUGAAUUUACCAUGCUAUGAGCUUUCCAGAUUUGUUGGUAGAAUUUUACAAUCAGUGACGAAUGAAACAAAAUACACUGUAAAAAAUUCUUACGAAUUUGUUGACAAAGCGAGAAAUGUUAAAUUACAAAGUAAUGAUGUAUUGGUCUCGUUUGAUGUUAUUUCAUUAUUUACUAACAUCCCAGUACAAUUGGCUAUUAAUAUUAUUAAAAAGAAAUGGGAUACGAUUAGCAGACAUACCAAAAUCAGCCAAACUAAAUUUAUUGAAAUCAUGGAUUUUUGCUUAAAAGACAACAACUAUUUGCAGUUUAAGGACAUUAUCUACAAACAAAUUUUUGGAAUGCCAAUGGGUAACCCCAUCAGGGGUCCAACAGCAUCAGGACGUCUGAUCAACUUCCGGUCCAACCAAGCCAAACACAUAAUCUUCAACACAGCUUCCAAUUUAAUUAACAAAGUUUUUACGUUAAGUGACGUAAGAUUCCACCAUUCAAAUACCAUCAAAGUGACCAAAAUUUUAAGCGACAACGGUUUCCCGCCAGCAAUUAUUCGUGGCUUAAUUUUACAACAACAAUGCAGACGCGCUAAACAACAAAGUGAGGAUAACAACAAAGGAUACUUCAAAAGCAUUGUUUACGUUCCAAAACUGGCUGAGAGUUUUAAGCAAGUUGUCACCAAAAACAUCCAAGAUGUCCGAUUGGCUUUUAAAUCUAACCAGACAAUUAGACACCUUUUCACCAAACUAAAGACCAAAAUAGACAGAGAUAAACGCACUGAUGUGAUUUAUAAAAUAAACUGCAAAGGUAAACCUGACGAAACAUGUAACCUUUGCUACAUCGGAACCACCAAACAAUUCUUGCGCCAAAGAUUGUCCAACCACAAAUCUGACAUCAAAAACAAUAACCUGGCUAAAACCGCAUUGGCGGCCCAUUCAAUAGACAAAGGUCAUUCUCCGGAUUUCGAUUGUGUUAAACUUUCAAUUUUCGAUUUUAAAAUUUAA